AAAGUUCCUUGUGGAUUGGAAUUUUGACAAGAAAGUUUGUUCCUUAACCAUACAUAAUUCCUUUUCAUGUUUCAAGAUAGCUGAAGAAAUAAGAAAGAGCUGGCAGUGUUUUGUGGCUUCACAUCCUUCAAGCACAUUUUUCAUCAGUAGUAAUGAAUGUGUUUUUGGUCUCCUUGGUAAGGAUACUUCAAGUGAGAAGAAUGUUGAAAAAUCUAUUGAUGGUGCCAUUAGAACUUCAAAUGCAUGUUUGCGGGACAUUUUUAGCAUUUACAAGAAACUGAGUCAACGGGAUGGAAGAGGAUAUCCAUUGAUGAAUGUGAAAUCUGAUAACAAGUGUUGGACAUGUAGCUUGGUUUUGGCAAUUGCACAUAUUCUUGAUCCGCAGUUUAAAUUUAAUUUUGUGGAGUUCUCCUACAAUGCAAUCUAUGGCAAUGAUGAAGCCAAGAUUCACUUGGGAAUGAUUCAUAAUACUCUCACUGAUAUUUUCGAUGAAUAUGCAAGUAAUAUGUCUAGUGGGACACUGUUCUUCGAUGAUACUAAUUCAGCGACAUUGUUGAAUGCUGAAGAAAAUACAAUGGAAUCUUUCCAUAGGUGGUGUAAUUCCAAAAGGAAUACUGAAGCCUCAUUGAUGUCAGAACUUGAUAAGUAUCUUUCUCAACCUCUAAUUGUUUCUUCCAAUCCAGAGUUUGACAUACUUGGUUGGUGGUGUGAACAAGCUUCUCACUUUCCUACUCUUGCGAGGAUGGUUCGUGAUAUCUUAGCAAUACCUGUGUCACCUAUUAUAUCAGGUUCCCCUUUGAACGAAAAAGUUUUGAUGGACGAUCCAAUAUUUAGUGGAUUAGAUCCUCAGAUCAUAGAGGCGAUGAUAUGCGGCAGGGAUUGGUUAGAAUCUCCUAAAGAAGAUGACAGAGUAAAUCUUGCACCAAUGCAGAACAGGGCUAAAAGGAAGAUGGAGGAGAAAGAGACUUAUGCAGUGAAAAGUUGCAAGAAGGGGACAACAACAUGGACAGAAAAGGUUACACUCAAUAAUUCCCUUCAUGUUUUGCAAACCUAUACGAGGAAAACUCAACCUAAAAUCUUGGGCUAGUACUAUAUUUCUAACAUCUCAUAUAUAUGCCUAAAGAGAUUUCAUAUUUUCAGAAUUUAUUUAUUAUUAAAUGUUUUUCAGAAUUAUUUGGACUUUUGUAGGAUGUUCGGGCAUUUUUGGUGUCUCCUUUCACAAAUAAAGAAUUAGAACAUUUGAGAAAAUGGCAAACUCAUGCAAUAAGUAGGUAUGUAUGAUACAUCAUCUCAGUCUCAGUCAUAUGAUCAUAUGGCUUAAUUAAGGGGUCAUAAUCAUCAUAAUAAUAAUGAAAUUUGUUGUAUUUGUUUUAAAGAGAAUCUGUUGGACAAGAUAAGAUACCGCUUAGUGCGUUAGCA